AUCGCGUACCGUCUAUUUUCCUAAUUGCUUAAAGUUGCCUAGUUAGUUACUGUACCGCGUACCUUGCUCCAUGUAAUUGCACCCGACGAAUUUCAACCUAUCAAAAAUCAUAUAUUAUGGAAUAUACAAUUUCUGAUAGGCUGACAUUCUUAUUCUCUAUUCUCUAUUUCCUAUUCUUUUUAUUGUGCAGAGCCCCUAAAUUCAUUUGUGUUUUUUGUGUUUUUUUUAUUGUCAUGUAAACACGUAUUCCCCUAUUACAGUCGAACGACUAUAUUUGGUUGGUUCUUAUAUUCUAAUCCGAUUUAAACCCUCGGAAACCCUGGAAACUAGGCCAUUGUCCAAUGAGAAAAGUAGAAUAUUAUUGUGUACAAGCGUAUCAUACACAUACACAACAUACACACACAUACACACACACACACGUACGUUUGAAAAUAAGUAAUCAAGAAAAAACAACUUGUAUAAACUUUUGGAAUAAAUUAGAAUAAACUUUUGCUGACGAUGACAGAAAAAGUACGGAGAUAUGAGAAAAUCGAUUUUCUGGGUGAAGGACAGUUUGCCACGGUUUACAAAGCAAAAGACAUAGAGACGAAUAAAAUUGUGGCUGUAAAAAAGAUUAAAGUUGGAAGUCGUGCUGAAGCUAGAGAUGGCAUAAAUCGGACUGCUUUACGAGAAAUUAAAUUGCUGCAAGAGUUAAAACAUGACAAUAUCAUUGGCUUAUUAGAUGUUUUUGGUUAUAAAUCAAACGUAUCGUUAGUAUUCGAUUUUAUGGACACUGAUCUGGAAGUGAUAAUAAAAGAUAGCAAUAUAGUUUUAACCGCAGCCAACAUAAAGACAUAUAUGAUUCAAACCCUACAAGGUCUUGACUAUCUUCAUUUCAAUUGGAUACUCCAUAGAGAUCUAAAGCCAAAUAAUUUAUUAGUAAAUUCAGAAGGUGUUCUGAAAAUUGGAGAUUUUGGCCUGGCAAAAUUUUUCGGGUCACCUAACCGGAUAAAUACUCAUCAAGUAGUUACGAGAUGGUACAGAGCGCCUGAAUUACUUUAUGGUGCUAGACUUUAUGGGACUGGCAUUGAUAUGUGGGCAGUAGGCUGUAUAUUAGCUGAGCUUCUAUUGCGAGUGCCAUUUUUGCCUGGUGAAUCUGAUUUAGAUCAACUCACUAAAAUAUUUCAGACAUUAGGUACUCCAACGGAAGAAACAUGGCAAGGGAUGACUGAAUUACCAGAUUUUAUUCAAUUCAAGCCCUUUCCUGGCAUGCCUUUGAAGCAUAUAUUUACUGCUGCUGGCGAUGAUCUUCUUGACUUAAUUGCUAGUCUCUUGAAUGUGAAUCCAUUAGAAAGAUGUACAUGUGAUCAAGCAUUGCAAAUGCCAUACUUUAGUAAUAAACCUGCACCUACAGCUGGACCUAAAUUGCCUCUACCUAUGAUCAUUAAACGUCAACGUGAAGAAAGACCUAGUUUGAAAAGAAAACUGUUAGAAUCGAUAGAAGGAGCCUCUUUAGCUAAAAAAUUGCAAUUUUAAUUGUGAUUGAUGCUAAAACAAAUAGACAAAAUAAAAAAUUGUUCAUUAAAUACAACAGUGCCAAUUUCAGAAAAUUAGAGAGAUCUCUAAUUGUGAUAUUGUAUGUCGAGAUAUUGUGUAACGUGUUGUAGCAAAUUGUAGCAAAUUUUAUAAAAGUAUUAUCGAACAUAUAAAAGCAUUGUAUGCUUAUAUUUUAAUAUCUAAUAAUUUUUAUGGCAUGAAAUUCUAAUUUAUGUAUAACACAAAAACUUUUCUUGAAUAAAUCAUGAUAUUUCCAGUAAUUAAUGAUUGAACAUGAGAAAUAGGAAAUGCAUGUAAAUAGGUGGCACAAUAAUAAUAUUAGGUGUUGGAAUUAAUUCGUAGCGUUUUACAAGUGAU